CAUCGAGUGGCUUUUACAAGCGAGAUUAUAUUAACACAAAAGUCGUAUCGAACGUCGAUCGACGGUAUCUUUGCCGGCGACGAGGUUAGGACGGCUAACUUAACCUCGCGCAAGCGAAUCCACCUGCACAUAUAAUAUAAUAAAGAGUAAUGAAACGCUGAAUGGUAGUGUGAUUUCUUGAUUGUUUCUCUUGUAACCCAGUAAAUACCAACUAGCAAUUACAUAACAUUAUAAUUUCCUACUCAACAAUGUAUGAACUACUGUUAUGCCCCUGGUAACAUUUCCAUUGCAAUUGUGCUGUAAAACUGUACGAAAAAUCAUGCAUUAACUUUCGGGCAGAUCAUGCGUUUUCUAUUUCCAACUUUGACUGUCUUUCUGUUGGCAGAAACUUGCACUCAUCGUAGUGCAACAGAAUUGUUGAAGAUAUGUGUAUGCAUUUAUGUACAACAGUGUAAGAGGCAAAGUGCAAUCUGCUGAUAGCGCAGAAAUAAUCUAGGGACAAGAAAAUAUUAAAAUAGAAACUUAGAGCGAUAUUAGAGGAUUGGUAUUGACGCGAGGACAUGCGCGACUCACAGAGAACAAAAGUACGAGGUGAUGACGGGUAAAAGGCAUGGAAAAACAGGGAGUUCGUUAUAAGCCAGUGUAAUAGAAGGUUGAAUUUCGAGACUGUUGUGUAAAAGUAGACGAGGGACUGUCUGGAAAUUAUAUAAGUAUCUGACGAGGGACUGUUAGAGAAAUUGAUUAUUAAUUAACAAGUUAGUUUGUGCGUUUGCUUGAGCUGAUAUUAUUAGCGGACAGCGAACAAUUUAUCUCGAUACCUUUGUAUGUGUCAAUCGGACCAAGUUCACUUUGAACCGUUACAGUGUUAACAUUAAAUUUUCAUAUGAAUUUUCCCUGACAAUUGAAGAGUUUGAUUUAUCUAAGUUUACGCCCUAGUUCUAUUAAGAUCUAUAAUCCUUACAGCAGAAAAGUGCAAGAAAUGCGGAAAAUGCUUGCGCAAAUCGCAGUGCAAUAUAAUCGCGCUAGAUUUGUAGCAGCGCCUACUGCUAGUAAUACAUAUAGCAGAAUUCAACAAGAAUUACGGCAGAUGCUUGCGCGUUCUUUUCGCGUUUCUGCCAGUCGGAUCUGUACUCAAAACUCUGCUGCAAAUGUGCAUGAAGAGUUUAACGCGAUUUGCUGUUAUUUUUCUGUCAGGCAGAUACUUCAAUAUUGUUUUCACAUUUCUGCUGCAUGUCUACUUUUAGCAAAUAGUAUAAAAUUUUACAGUAGCUUCUUACAGCAGGCUGCUGCAAUAGUAAGUAAGUACUUGUCAAUACCAGAUAUUAUGCACUUCUGUCGCAAUUUUAAGCUGUUUCUUGCGCACUUCUGCGGGUCGUAUCUGAACUGUCAGAUUGUGUUACCAAUGGUACAACACGUGUUCGCAGUCAGCAAAAUGUUAGCAGAUUGGCAGCAGAUUCAUCAGAAGUGUCAAAUUCAUCUGUGUCCGCAUUUGGCUUUUGGCAACAGAGUCUGUAAAACGUACGCUGUCAACAGAUUGUCGGCAGAAACGGGUCUAGUUAUCUGACGAUCGUCACAUCGAGUGUCGAAGCUGAUGAUAUCUCUAGCAAAAUGCAUUGCGCACGCAAGAUCCUUCAUAUCGCGCAGCGGAAGCUACGAAUGUGCAAUAAAGAUGCAGUCUGCAAGUGCCCAGGAAUACAGAAUAUUAUUUGUCGUUUGAAUCACGAUUCUGAGGAAUAUGCGUCUUAUUCUGCGGAAAGUGACAAGACAUACGUCGAGCUCACCGGUCGUUACUUGGGCAUUGCGACUGGCGGGCACAGGGCAUUCAUUUUGCAACCGUAUAUAAAAUGGGGCAGAGACAAGAAAAGAAACACCUCGCCGGAACUGCAAAUGGCUGAAGCUGUUGCGCUGAUAAACACCUUGCCCAACUGGUGCGUAGUCGGGACGAAAUACGCGCCGUUACUCACGUUACAGAAAAAGCACUUGCUGGGCAGCGGCGCGAUGAACGACCUGAAGAAGGAAUUAGGCAGAUGCCAGAACCCCACUGCCGUAUUCGUCAGCACUAAUCUGCUGAAAUUCAUCCAAAUCUCCGAACUGGAAAAGAUCUUCGGUCUACCGGUGUACGAUCGUUACUCCAUAGUCAUCCACAUAUUUCGCGAGCACGCGAAGACCGCGGAGGCAAGGUUGCAGGUAGCCCUGGCGGAGAUACCGUACGUCCGAAAGAAAAUGUUAGAGACCUGCCUUACUCGCAGCGGCGCGAUAGUCGUGACGGAUCAGACCAAACUGGUGCUCGACGGCAGGGAGAAGAAAUUGAAGAACGAAUUGAAGAAGCUGCAGCAGCAUCGACAGACUCUCAGGAGCAAGCGUAAGAAGCACGGCUUUCCCUCGGUUGCUGUAGUCGGUUACACAAACGCAGGGAAGACCUCCUUGAUAAAAGCGCUCACGGACGACAGCUCCCUGCAGCCUAGAGACAAAUUGUUCGCAACCCUCGAUACAACCGCGCACGAGGGCAUGUUGCCCAACAGGUUGAAAAUCUUGUACAUGGAUACUAUUGGGUUCAUUCAAGAUGUACCGGAAGCUCUGCUCGAACCAUUUAUCGUGACUCUAGAAGACGCUAUGAUUGCUGAUGUCGUAAUUCAUAUAUAUGAUGUCAGUCAUCCUGAUAUGAAGGCGCAAUAUCAGCACGUCCAGGAGACGAUAAAACCAAUGUUGGACGGACGUUCAGUAAUCGACGUCGCCAAUAAGUGCGAUCUUAUUCAGAGCGACUGCAUACCCAAGGAUGCGAUUGCCGUCUCCUCUAAGGAUCUCACAGGUAUCGAUUUGUUGCGCCUGAAAAUACAGGAGGUCCUUUUAGCCGCCACUGGACUAUUAAGCAUACGCGCAAGGGUAAAAGCAGGGAGUGCUGCGGCCAGUUGGUUAUACAAAAUGACGACAGUGACAAACGCCGAAGCAGAUCCGAACGAUGCUCAGUAUUUAAUUUUGCAAGUCCUUGCCACCUCGACUGACGUUCAAAAGUUCAAAAAUUUUCUAAAACAAUAAAAAGAGUUUAUACCA